AGAUUAAAUACUCAAAUUGCGGUUUCUUCUUUCUUCUCCAACCAGAGCGCACUUUUAUCCUGUUACCUUUUCUCUUUCUUCAAAGGAUUCUUUGAAAAUGAUUAUAAAUUAUGAGUAAAUACAGUAACACGCACAGUGAGAAGAAGAAGAAGAACGGAAAAUCCCAUUGCUAGUCUUCUUCUCCGGUACUCACUCUAACUCUUGAAAAUGUUCAAAUUCUUGAAUCUGUAAAUCCAUUACUGUUACAGCAUCUGAAGGAAAAAGCUAAAAAGAAGCACAUUAUCCUCUGAAAGUUGUCUGAAAAUGUUUAGCAGAAGCUGCAUUGUGUUUAUCGUUCUUGUGGGUGCAUUUUUUCACCUCUGUUCAGCAAUGGUGAACCUCACUCUUCCUGGUCAACACCCCUUUCCUGAAGAUGUAGCUCAAGAUGUUCACAGAAAAGUAAAUGUGUCACUUUCAAGAAGACAAAUGCUAUCCUACACCACCAACGAACAGUCCUCUUCUUGUGCGACAGGCAAUCCUAUCGACGAUUGCUGGCGGUGUGACCCUAGCUGGCAGUUGAACCGUCAGAGAUUAGCCGAUUGUGGCAUUGGAUUUGGCCAGUAUGCUCUAGGUGGUAAGGGUGGCAAAUAUUACGUAGUCACCGACUCCUCGGACCAUGAUCCGGUCAAUCCAACACCAGGAACACUCCGGUACGCGGUAAUCCAAACCGAGCCCUUAUGGAUUGUUUUUGCCACCAACAUGCUCAUCCAUCUCUCCGAAGAACUAAUUUUCAAUUCGUACAAGACCCUAGAUGGUCGUGGGGCUCACGUGCACAUCACCGGUGGUGGAUGCAUAACGCUACAGGAUAUAACGAAUGUAAUCAUCCACAACAUACACAUACACCAUUGCUAUGAAGCUGGCGAGACUAAUAUAAGGUCGAGUCCAACGCACUACGGAUGGCGCACAAAAUCUGAUGGCGAUGGGAUUUCCAUUUUUGGUGCUCAUGACAUAUGGAUCGACCAUUGUUCAUUGUCACAUUGCAAGGAUGGACUGAUCGAUGCUGUCAUGGGAUCGACAGGGAUCACAAUAUCAAAUAAUCAUUUUUCGCACCAUAACGAAGUCAUGCUAUUAGGUCAUAGCGACGAUUAUUUGCCAGAUUCCGGUAUGCAAGUGACUAUUGCUUUCAAUCACUUUGGCAAGAAACUAAUCCAAAGAAUGCCAAGGUGUAGAAAAGGGUAUAUACAUGUAGUGAAUAAUGAUUUUACGCAAUGGGAAAUGUAUGCUAUUGGAGGGAGUGGUAAUCCUACCAUCAAUAGCCAGGGAAAUCGAUACAUUGCACCCUUUGACCGCAAUGCAAAAGAGGUGACGAAACGUGUCGACACAGAAGAGGAGAGUUGGAGGGGUUGGAACUGGAGAAGUGAGGGUGAUGAAAUGGUAAAUGGAGCUUACUUUGUAGCCUCUGGACAAGGUGUAGAGGUGAAAUAUGAGAAGGCCUAUAGUGUGGAGCCCAAAUCUGCUGCAUAUAUUGACCAACUCGUGAUGAACUCCGGUGUCCUAACUAACAGUGGACACAAUCUGGGUAAGUGGUCAGCUAGAGACAAUGGUGGCGGAACUGAUUUAGAUGCAAAUUCAGGUGUUGUAGAGGAUUACGACGAAGAUGAAGAUUCUGGGAGCUGCAGGACACACUCUUAUCCCAUUCUCUCAUCUCUUCUGAUAAACUUAUCAAUCUUCUUGUUUCUACAUGUCACUGCAACAUCCAUGUUAUUGUAGUAUGAAUUCUUAAAUGAAAAGGGGAGGACACAAAAGUAUGGUUUCCUUUCUGGAAUUUACAUCA